GUGACUUUUUUUUUUGAGAAAGUCAGCCCUCUUUUUCGUUUUCAACAAAUCCGACGUUCAUUUAACGACGCUCGCGCGGAAAAGGACUUCACUAAAUGCUUCCAAACUGCCGUUUCCAUAAAUAAACACCUCUUCGAUUAUUCACCUUCAUCACCUACAAAGCUACCGCGCUCCGCCGCCGUCUGCGAAACCCCCCUUCCGACAUCCCCUUUUCUUGUUUUGAAUGCCUCCGACUCCUUCAUGUGCAAAUCCAAGGAGAAAAUGACCAAACAAGUGAUCCAACCAACCCCAAAGUCGCCAUCUUCAUCAUCGACUAAAUCCAAGAAGUCCUCCCAAAAUUCCUCCUCCUUCUCCACCGGCUCCGACAAUUUCGUCAUCCCCAGCACCGCCUCCACCUCCAGCUUCUACAAAGACUCCCGCCGCUCCUCCGCCUCCGGCCGCACCUCCCUCUCCAGCCUCCGCGAAACGGUCCUCCCCGACCAGACCCACAUCUACGAUUUCCAGGAAAUCUGCGCCGCCACCCACAAUUUCCUGCUCAAGCCGCAUUCAUCCUCCUCCUCCUCCACGGCGUGGCUGUGCAGCAUCCGCGAUCAGCAGUCGUUAGUCGUGCAGCGGCGCUUCCGCCGCCGAUUGGACACCGCGCAGCUCGUCGACCGCCUCUCGGUGAUCUGCAAGAGCCAUCACUCUAGCUUGAUUAAGUUGAAGGGUGCUUCAAUUUCCGGUAGUUAUACGUAUUUGGUGUAUGAUUAUGUUGCCGGUGCUAGUCUUUCUGAUUGUUUGAGAAAUUCUAAAAACCCUAAUUUCACGGUGUUGUCCAAUUGGGCGUCGCGCAUACGUGUUGCCUCAGAUAUAGCGCAUGGCUUAGAUUAUGUUCAUAAUUCGACUGGAUUAGGAUUUGAGUUCGUGCACAAUCAUAUAAAGAGUAGUAGCAUUAUUGUUACUGAGCCGGAUUUGAACGCCAAGAUUUGCCAUUUUGGUACAUCUGAGCUCUGUGGUGAGAUCACCAGUGAGAAUGUGGGGUCUAGAGAGAUGAACAGAUCGCGUAGUAAGAUUGAUAAAUUUGAAGGGACUCGAGGGUACAUGGCCCCGGAGUUUCAAAGAAGUGGGAUCGCCACACAGAAAUGUGAUGUUUAUGCAUUUGGGGUAGUCAUUCUUGAGCUGGUAUCGGGGAUGGAGGCGUUGACGUAUAGAGUUGACGAGGAGAGUGGGAGUUAUGUGAGGAUAUCGGUUGUGGAUGCAGCCAGGGAGGCGGUGGAGGGUGGUGGAGGCGGGGUGAGGCAGUGGGUGGACAAGAGGCUAAAGGACUCUUAUCCGGUGGAGGUGGUGGAGAAGUUAACGCGGUUGGCAUUGGAUUGUGUGGCGGAUAAUCCUGAUAGUCGGCCGGAUAUGGGGAAGGUGGUGAUUCGGGUUUCACAGAUGUUCUUGGAAUCACAGGAGUGGGCAGAGAAGAUGGGCGUCAUAACCGACUUUAGCGUCUCUUUCGCUCCACGGUGAUGCUUUUCUAAGUUCUAACCUUGAGUUUUGGUUUGUGAAGUUCUCCCAAUUUUUGAACCAUGUAGAUUUUAUUGCAUAAUUAUUGUAGAUUUGUUGUAUGUUUAGUUAUUACCUCAUGAUUUUGGUUUGACAACUUCUGUAAAAUUUAAAUCUUGUAAAGAUUGGAAACACACUAGCUGCAAAACCUUUCAGCUUACCAAUCAUUUCUUUGUUAUAGAAUUUGUUGUAGAUUUUGUGAUAUGUUUUAAGAUGUAUGAAAAGAAUUGAUUUAUAGAGAGGAGUUAAGAUUCUUUGUACCA